AUGGAGUAUCCUACCAUUGGUUUUCUUGGACCUGAAGGCACAUUCAGUGAAAAGGCUGCACGGCUUGUUACAAAAGAUGCAAUUCGUAUACCAGAAAAGUCAUUCGAGGCGGCGUUGAAAGAACUCGACAAGGGCAGUAUUGACUACUUUGUGCUACCCAUUGAGAACUCCACUAACGGAGCUGUGGUACCUGCAUAUGACUUGUUGCGCAACAACGAAGACAUCUGGAUCCAACGUGAAGUGCUUGUCCCUGCCCAUCAAUGCGUUUUGGGACGUGAUUUGCAACACAUAACUGCUGUUCUGAGUCAUCCACAAGUGUUUGGUCAGUGUGCUUCAUGGCUGCGUACGUUUGCUCCUCAUGCUGAGCUUGUAUCUUGCAGUUCGACUAGUAAAGCUGCUCAUAUUGUUUCGAGUGACACAGCAGGCACUAGCAUUGCUAUCGCUGGCGAAUUGUGUGCUGAAAAGUACAACAUCAAGUUGCUUGCUAGGAAUGUUGAAGACGAUGUCGAGAACAAGACUCGUUUUCUCGUGCUAAGCAAGCGUAACAACAAGUCUAAAACACUAAUUCCUCCGAACGGACACCCUCAACAGGUCAAAGUCAUGCUUCGGCUUACGCCUAACGAUCCCUCCGAAAUGAACUCCGUUCUCACCUUCUUUACUCAACAAUCUGUCCCCAUCUUGAACAUUACGCAGCGCCCAUCCUUGGUAAAACGGUGGAAUUACACUUAUUUCAUCGAGUGCAUGAAUUUCACCGAAAGCCAAGCUUUAGAGCUUUCGCGUUUAUGCAGCAACACAACAGUUUUAGGUGUGUAUCGUAAUGAGGUUCCGUUCUGA